AUGCCCAUUGUAGAGAAACUGAAGGAUGCCCUGAAGCCUGGUCGGAAGGACUCCGACGAUGUGGAGCUCGGAAAGCUGCUUACGUCCUCUGCCAAGAAGAUCCUUCUGCAGAAAAUCGAAUUCGAGCCGGCCACCAAGAGCUUCCACUACCAACUGGAGGCCUUGAAGAGCAAAUAUGUCCUGUUGGCUCCAUCGCUGCAACCCUCCACCCCGCACAGGAGUAUAGAAGGGAACCACAGGCAGGGCAAUGACCUUGCAUCUGGGGGCUCAGAUGGCAUACCUCAUCCUCAGAAGGUGCUUUUCCCGAUGGAGAAAUUGUCUAUGAAGUGGGAGCGUGUUUCUAGAGUGGGGGCGGGCCUGCAGAAUCUGGGGAACACUUGCUUUCUCAACUCCACAGUCCAGUGUCUGACCUACACCCCUCCUCUCGCCAACUACUUGCUGUCUAAGGAGCACAGCCGCAACUGUCAGCAGGGUGGAUUCUGUAUGCUGUGCAUCAUGCAAAACCAUCUCAUCCAAGCCUUUGCAAAUAGUGGAAAUGCCAUCAAGCCCGUCGCCUUCAUCCGAGAACUAAAGAAAAUUGCUCGUCACUUUCGAUUUGGGAGCCAAGAAGAUGCUCAUGAAUUCCUUCGUUAUACUAUUGAUGCCAUGCAGAAGGCCUGUCUGAAUGGAUACGCUAAGUUGGAUCGGCAAAGUCAAGCUACGACUUUAGUGCAUCAGAUAUUUGGGGGCUACUUACGCUCUCGAGUGAAAUGCUCCGUCUGCAAGAGCGUGUCUGACACCUUUGAUCCGUAUCUGGACAUCGCUCUGGAGAUACGGCAAUCAGCCAACAUUGUGCGUGCGUUAGAGCUUUUUAUCAAGUCUGAUGUGCUGAGCGGAGAGAACGCCUACAUGUGUGGCAAGUGUAAGAAGAAGGUUCCUGCCACUAAAAGGUUCAGCAUUCAUCGGGCUUCCAAUGUUCUCACACUGUCGCUAAAGCGAUUUGCCAACUUCAGCGGUGGCAAAAUAACAAAGGAUGUCGGUUACCCAGAAUUUUUGAACAUCCGUCCAUACAUGUCUCAGUGCAAUGGAGACCCGGUUAUGUAUGCUCUCUAUGCAGUCCUUGUGCAUUCUGGGUACAGCUGCCAUGCUGGACACUACUAUUGCUAUGUGAAAGCCAGUAACGGUCAGUGGUAUCAGAUGAAUGAUUCCCUUGUUCAUGCCAGUAACAUCAAGGUUGUCCUGAAUCAGCAGGCCUACGUACUCUUCUAUCUGAGGCUUCCAGAAUCCAGAAAGAGUCUUGAUGGUUUGGCGUGUAAAAUGCCAAAUGCUCAGAUUUCUCGCCCCAGCUCUGUUCCUCCAACUAUCAAGAAGACGCUGUCCAAUGGAAGCUUGUCAUCCCCACUG